AUGCCUAAAGUCAAAUCAGAAAAAUCUUUAAAUAUUAAAACCGAACUUGCUACAUUUUCGAAUCUUCAAAAAAUUACCAGCAACAAUAUUAUCACCAUGACCCCUACUAUCUCUACCCCUACCAAUUUUAACAAUAACUUUGAUGAUGUUUUUAAUCCGAUGAAUUCAGACUUCGCCAUUAACGAUUUCACCUCAACCAACUUCACAUUGAUUAAUAAUAUGUCCAACACCAAUAAUACAGUUAACUACAAUGACGUUGGUAGUAAAAAUGAAAUUAUUUCAUCAAUUUUUUCUCCAACUCAAAAUAAUUUCGAUGAUGAUAUGGAUCUUAGUGAUGAAGAAGUUAAGCUUCUUCAAAAUCCACCAUAUGAACUAACAUUGUCAUUCGAAGAAUUGAUCUCGCCAGCUGACAAUACCAACAAACCAUCUCGCAAACCGAAAAAAAAUCGGCCAUCCAAUAGCGCGGAAGUUGCAUCAACAACCACCAUCGUUGUUGAUAUUAAAAUUCCGAGACCACAAAAUGCAUGGGUUCUAUUUCGUAAAGAUUAUGAAGCAAAACAGCGAUUACGAUUUCCGGAAAAGGCUUUGAAAAUGAAAAACAUUUCAACAGAUGCCGGGGAACAUUGGAGAAAUGAGUCGAUGAAAGUUAAACGAUUCUUUGAUAUUCUGUCAAAAUUGGCACACGAAAAACACAAAUCCAUUUAUCCUGCGUACAAGUACACACCAAAAAAAAAAACAGUAAAGGAUAAUAAUUCGGCGUUAAAAGAUUGGAUUUUUAAAGAUACUAAUGGUGCGCAAUCAUCGGCAACAUCAUCCAAUAUCACAAAUGUUAAUACAAUUUAUAAUCAACGAGAAACUUACCCUGAAAAAAAUUUUAAAAUGGAAGAUAUUUCAAAAGAUGCAAAGGAUGCAUGGAAUGCAUUAAAAAAAUCUGAUCCUACAAGAAAAGUAGAAUUCUUUGAAAUUUUAUCUAAACUUGACAAGAAGAACCGAGAGAUGAUUAGUCUCAAAGAACUCGAAGAUGACAAUGAAAAAAAGUUGGUGUGGAGAGAAGUCCAUUUUGACAACAAAAAUGAUUCUAAUUUCGUUUAUAUCAACAGAGACGGCAAUGACAGCAACACCACCAGCAGCAGCAAUAAUAAUAAUAUUACAACAUUCGAUACGACAAUCUAUAAUGCAUCAAAUUAUCAGGACGCUCAAAGUACUUAUCCUUAUUCAAGCCAAGAAGUUGAAUUGGUGGAGCCUGGACAAUUAUCACUCAGUCAACUAUUACACUUGUUUUGUAAUCAAGAGAUAUUCAAUAUGGAAGAUGAUGAAAUGUUUAAUACUAGAGAUUAUUUGUAUGGGACAAUAUACAACACAAGUUCAUCUCAAGUGAGCGAUUAUGAAAUCGAUCCUGAUACUUUUCUUCGUCAGUAUUUUAAUAAUCAACACGAAAACCAACGGUUCGAUUUUUUUUCUAGUUAA